GAACUCAAGAAAAUGGCCUUAUUAUGGUACUUACAGUGAGUACAUGUCUCUCACGAGUAAAUGUGCUUAACUAAAUUAUUUUCCAGUACUUGAUCAAAGUGAGACUAUGCACGGGAUGUCCUAUUUUAGGUUAAUGAAGGGAACAGAUUCAGUCAUCCUUCCCUAGAUUAACCUUCCAAUAUCCCACUGCAUGUUAUGUGGUAAACCUGAUAACGGCUGCUGGUGGAUCACUUUCGUGGUUGGGACCAAAAUAAGACGGGGGCCCGGGUCCAGCAGUGAUUGGUGGGGCACUCCUUAGUAAGAUGGCUGCGUUAGUGCGCGCAACAGUGGCAUCAUGGUGAAAUGACGCAAGCCACAGUUUAGGUUCAGUCCUCGAGGCUCUCAGCUCUCAGCUCUCCAUUCUCCAUAGCGCAGAUCCCGCCCGACACACAGGCGGAAGACCGACCGGUUAUCCUCCAGUGGACCGAGCGGAACCGGUUCAUCUGAGAUCCGUUCUUAGCCCUCCUCCCUCUUCAUCAUCAUCCCUUCAGUCAUCAUCAUCAUCAUCACCAUCCAGCCUGUCCACCUGCAGCAACAAGCAGCAGUUUAGGUGAGAGUGCGAUGAGGAGAGUGUGAGGCCAUGGGCUGCACCUCAGCCAAGCAGGUGUCGGCCGUGCCCAAUGAUGAGGAGGGACGCGGCAAGGCCUACAGCAACGGAGACCUCUUCACAGAUGAAUACAAGAUGAAGGGAGUGGAGGAAGUGAAGUACAUGAGAGGGGAUGAAAGCCGAGUGAAUGCACGCAACCAGGAGAACCUGGAGAAGAGUAAUGUACAGUACAGGGGCAAACAGCAAAAAGAGGUUGCUGCAGCAAACAUCAAGUCGAAGUAAGUGGCCAUUAGUCGUC